ACAAUGCAUGAUGUCACCGUUCAUUUCACCCACUGAAUGGGCGGCAAAAAGGUCUAAAUGCAAAUGAUAUAGCACUCGUGUGUUAACUUUUCCCACCAAUGGAACAUGGCGUUUACUGAAGUGUCUCACUUGUUAACAUACCAAAAUGCAUACGAAGAACUAAUGAGCUUCUAGUCGAAAAACGAGACGAAUCGUCUACCAUCUCGAGUAUUGAAUAUUCUAUCCAACCUUAGCAAGUUUUAAUCGCCUGGAGGACUGUAUUCAUCGAUGUUAUCUCGGUAUAUCCAAGAAGUCUUCAUUUCGCUUCAUUUUGGCCAAACACUUUGCAAGUGUGUCGUUGAGAAUUCAUUGACGUAACACAGCGCGUGAAAAGUCGAAGUGCUCGAUUGCUUUGAUUAAGGAUUGCAUUUACAGUGUCGUGCCCAACUAAAAGAAAUGAAGCAACGGAACGAGCUGUAUGUGCUAUUUCUGUGUUGUUCUGCAAUAUUAUCUGGUCGGACUGUGGUGGCGUCCAACGGAGAACCGCAUUCAAGAACACAGUUCGAAGAAGUCAAGUUUCACCUGGAGACACUAAAAACAGGAGGAAUAAAAAGUGGCAACUACUCAGUGCUGUCAGUUGACAGCGAGAAUGAUCACCUCCUUGUAGGAGCAAAAGACAAUGCAUUCCUUGUGGAAUUGGAAAACAUGGAUCGUUUUAGAUCUUGGAAUUUGAGCAGCUCAAGCCAUGCUAUGGCAUGUGAUAGAAGACAGAACCCCUCCUGCUCUGAGUAUGUAAAGUUAAUGCUGUUAUUUGAGGAGAGGAUCUUUAUCUGUCUGACAAGAGGUUGCAGCUGGAGAAAUAGGACAAAUUUGAAUGCAGCUCCAGGCAGAGAUAAGGAGUUUGCAUCUGAUGAAGGUUAUUUUUGCAGAGGGGAUCAAAAUGACUCUGCUGUUAUAACAGAACAUGGGAGAGUCUUCAAAGGAACGAUAAAUCCUUCAUCAAGAUCAUUCUAUAUCCAUAGUCAAAGUUUUAAGCAGCCUGGAAUUAGUGAAGUGUUCACUGAUUUUUUAGCUGAAAGUGACUUUUUCUCUGAUGUGCAUUUUGUGAAAAGUUUCAGCAUUGGGAAUUAUGUGUACUUCUUUUUUCGUGAGCGGACAUUGGAAUGCACAAGCUGUGGAAAGUAUAAAGUCUCCAGGGUAGCAAGGAUCUGUAAGGGUGACUAUGCUGGUCUGGCAAAGCUCAGAAGCAAUUUUUUGACUUACCAGAAGGCCAAACUUAUUUGUACUGAUGGAGGAGAAUAUCCAGUUUAUUUCCAUGAAAUUCAGGACGUUUGGUGGGAUCCAGAAACAAACCUGUUUCAUGCAAUUUUCACCUCUCAUCCCAAUGGCCCGCCGUCAUCAGCAGUAUGUGUGUACAAUUUGACAGAUGUCAAUAAUGUUUUCGACACGAGUCCUUUCAAGAGUAGAGAGGCAGGAAAUGGAAAAUGGCACCACGGUUUCUUCAGAAACUUAUUCCCUUUGAAUAUUCGUUCAGGUUCCCAGCAGUACGAUGGAAAUAGAAUGCAUUCAUUUAUUGUUACUCUGCUAUGCAUUUCUUCCCAUUUGAACAUAAUGAACAUUGUCGUUUAUGUUUAUUAUUUUCUUCAGUGCAAAGUAAACAAGAAGUACUUGGCUCCUAACCGUACUCCAGCCCCAGACGGUAUGAUGGCAACAAAGAACAUGAAUUAUCCUGUAUAUCAAGACCUCUUACACGAUCCUCUUAUGCGUGAUCCAGUGCUACCCACCGGCUUUGACUCGGAUCAAAAACAAGAGGGCAAAGCCUGGUUGACCAAGGAUGGGAUCAGGAUGACAGCCAUUGUUCUGGACAAAGUUGCUGAACACACUGUUGUCUACACAUCAACAGAUAGAGGAUCUGUGCUUAAAAUUUCGCAAGUUGGUGGCUCUCGUCGACCCUGCCUUCUCGCAGAAAUCAACCUUUUUCCGGUUAACAGACAAGAAGUCAUAAAAGCUAUGACGAUCGAUCCAAAGCGGCAUGUCCUUUACUUCGGCUCAAACACAGCACUGACGAAGUUGAGAUUGGAGCAGUGUGGCAGUCACACACACCGCAGGUCCUGUACAUCCGCUUCUGAUCCUUAUUGUGCGUGGAACAAGGAAACCAAGCGUUGUGUUUCAGUAUUAACUUCCAGAGAUACAAGCAAAUUGAGACAAGACUUGAAGACUUGUCCAAAGGUUACAGGAGAAAUCGCUUGGUCUUCUUGGAAAACUUGCGAGAUCAGUGAUGGAAAUCUUUGUCGAUGUCAAGUGCGUCCCUGCCAGGACAGGCAAAACUCCUCCUGUCAGGGUGGAUAUGAGUUCCGACUUGUAAACUGUACAGUGGACAUAAAGGUCGGAUGGGAGGGGAGAGAGGCAUGGGAGAUGUAUGGCGCGCAACACGGUAAAUGGAGUGCAUGGGACGCUUGGACAGAAUGUGCAACGAAGGCCUGGGCUGGGGUGAGAAAUCGGACAAGAACAUGUACCAAUCCAGUCCCUAGGAGAGGAGGUAGACCGUGUGUGGGAGAGGCUGUGCAGUAUGAGCCCUGUAGCUUGGGAAAGCACGAGAUGGAAAAACGGAUGUUGACAAACCCCACAAGAUCUUUAAACCUAUCGGAAAACAAGGGUGUUCAGUUUGAAGUGAUCUGUAAAACCACAGGUUAUAAGAUAUCGAACAUCAGUGUUGACAUAGUCAACAAGACGUUUGAUUGUGAGAAGCAAACAGAUCUCUGUGGAGAGGGAGAAUGGAAAGCCUGGUGCGAUUGGGGUCAGUGCUCUGAGGAAGGAUUUCAAAUAAGGAGGAGGGAGUGUAAUGUGGAGCCUUGUGUCGGGGAAAAGUUACAAGAAAGACCCUGCGAACCAACUCCACCCAGCAACUGUACAGCAGCUUCCACAAGGCCACUUGACACGGAAGGAUCAAAGUUUGGAAGUGGUCACGGCAUCGCCAUCGGGUUGUUUUGUGGCGUUUUGCUGACUGUCUUUACACUUCUGCUUGUUAGAUACCUCAAACGAAAACGAGAGAAACAACCGAAAUCAUAUAAUGUUCCAAAAAGUCCUGAAGGUAGUCCUCAAAACCGGGAUUGUCAAUACUCGCCAAUUGUAAGAGAGAAUGGUGUAUCCUCGAGAGGUCAUCCAUCCUCAGAAAGUCAAAGUGAAGAAAAGAACAGAAACCCUAAAACAAAAACGCGUUUACCAUUUAAAGGACUCAGUGUGUUCAGAAAAGGGCGUGAUCCUCCAAGCAAUGUCUAGCUCAGGAAAUUAGACGGAGAUAAAGUGUUAAUAGAAAAGAUGCGCCCUACUGCACCGCGGUCAAGGCAACCUACGACUGUUAAUAGUCUUGCAAUUGUCUGAAUUCGGUGGGCUAUCGCUCCCAGACAGACCUGCUUGUUGUUGCGUAAGGCGAGGAUGGAAGGCUGUCAAAUGUCUCGGUCCAGCGAACUAGAUCAAGGAGUAGAGGUAUUCAGUAUUCUCAGUUCAAAGCAAUCGUUGCCGAACUUGCAUGCUAGGUUCAAGUGAAUGGGAAAUACAGCGUUUCCCCGCAGCUUUGGGGGAAAAAAACGAUUCUUCCGUUGUGCAAAAGAUUUAACUUGGAUAAAACUGUAUAUUCUAUAUCGUUCGUGACCUAUCGUCCAAUGCGCAGUGUUUCAUAAAUACGUUAGUAAAGGGAUUUAAUCAGAUAUUUAUUAUGUAAAUAGACGUUUAACACGUUUUAAUUAGGGAAAGUGCAAAUUUCUCGCUUACUUUCGUCAUGUUUAGUUAGUUGUAUGACGAUAAAUUGUUUUUAUACUACAUAGAACAUGGUAUAACGAAAGAGCUAAAACGCUGGAGUAUGAUUAGUCAUUUUGGAUCUUCUGGUCUCAAAACCUGCUCUACGCAAAACAUAGGUGUAAUUGGCAAGAAAAGAAGUUUUGUUUUGUUUAAGCAAGGAGUCAGACAGAGGGGAUUUCGGGAAUUCCCGUUCGCUACGUGCUAGCUGAGUUAAUCUGUGAGUUAAUGAAGAAACGAUUCUUAUUCUUAUUCGUAUACAAUGAGAAAAUGAACCCUAUGGAUUCGUUUGUCUCAGCCUAUAGAUUCUAUCUACAGCAAAAGUAUCCGCAAAUAUGAUCAAUUACAAUUGAACUGUAUGGAAUCUCGCGUAAAUUAAAGUGGAGGAAGUCGUGUGGCUCCAAGGUGCAAAAUUUAAACUCAGUGUUUUGUGUUCAUCUCUCGUAAGGGACAAUUCUUGUUUGUAUUAAUUAUAUUGAUUAGAGAGGAGUUUAUUUUUGUAGGAAAAAUGAAUUAAGGGAGCGAACUUUGCCCCGAUGAUUUUCAGGUAGAGAGAUUUCGGGCGAAAACCAAGAUGAUUAAACCAUGGUUAUCGACUGCAACUUGUCAGGUCUUCUCAGUAAGUCAUUUUCGAAUUACCGUUUGCCUCUUUUUCAAACGAGGCUUAUUACUCAACCAUUCGCACGAAAAUGAGCUUAAUUUGCUUGUGCGGAAUGGAAAAUUUGAAUCAUAGGCUAUGAAAGGAUGAGCACCAAAACUCGCUGUGAUAGAGGCCAAAGGUAAAGCGGAAGUUGACUAUUGGAAUGGUAGUUAUCAUUGACAAGGUAUUAAUGCCUGGUUCUACGCCAUCAGCUUCCGUUCAAACGAGGGGAAGACCAGGUACUGUGAAGGGCCAUGAAACUGCUCCUCUGCAAUAGCGUCAUUAUUUAUUGCAGAAUUUUUUCCGUUUAAAGGAAAGUCAUUAACAAUGCUCUCCCCAGUGAGAUUUAGUUUGAAUAAAUGUAGUGUUUGAUUAUAGAAUUCGCUACGUAUGGAUUUUUAAAUACUCAUCAAUUGGGAAAUGUUUACGUUCCCCAAAAAUCUCUUUAUAUUACUGUUUUUAUCAACUGAUAUGUAUUAUUGAACAAAAAUUAAAGUUUACCGCAACCUGUC